AUGGCUGGAAGGUCACAGCUGAUGGAGAUGAGGGGAGAAGGAGGGGUGAGUUGUUCCUUGAGGAGGUGGAGGCAGAGCUGGCUGUUGUUCAGGCUUCCUGAGGCCAGCUCCUCCUGUCCUCCAAACAACCAAUGUACACCAAAGUUAAUUUCCAUGGUUAGCAGUGGUUCCAAAGAAAAUGAGCAGGCACACAACUGCCCAAACAGGAUGGAGCUGAUAGAAGUUACGUGCAAAAGAGAAAUUGGUUGUGUGAAUUACAAAUUCAGUGAUUUUAAAAACAAAGUGGUGGAGAGCCGAGGAGGAAUCAUGGACAGCGUACAGAGAUUCUCAAACCUGCCAACGUACCUCCCUGCCAGCUAUCACAUCUGCAACGCUGAUGUUUUCUUCUUCCUUAAGGAAACCAACCAGGACAUCACGAGGAACUCCAGUUUGCAGUCCAGGGUGGAUUCAUUCCUUAUAUACAAAUCCAAACUGCCGCCCGUCCUAAAUGCCACAUACGGACCCUUUUCUGUGGAGCAGGCUGUUCCCUUGGACCUCAUGCUGUCUUCUACAUCUUUUGGUUUCACAAAUGAAUUCACUUUCAAUUGGAAAUUGAAAUCACACAUAAUAGACAGUUCAAUUUAUUCCAACAAACCUAAGAUACAAACCUUGUUCUAUAUUGCGGGGAAAGACUGGGAUGACUAUGACCCUGAGGAGAGGUUGCCUUGCGUGAAGAUGUUUGCUUUCCUGGAAUCUAGAGAAGUGGUGGCCAGCUGCAGGUUGAAAGGCCAACUGGGAUUAUGUGUUGCAGAGCUGGAGUUAUCUCCCAGCUGGUUCAGCUCCCCUCCACCCCUGGUUUCAGAGGAUACAGCUCCCCUGGAAGGGGUUACUGUGGAGCUCUUCUAUAAGAUUUAUACAGCAGAUGGGGAAUGUUCUCCAGAGGAUGAAAAGUGGGAGAACAAUAUUCACGCGGAUCAAGAUAAUGAACGGAAGGCUUUGCCAGCAAUGGAGAGGAUUGGUAGCAUUGUUGUUUACCCAAAUCAAGACACAUUAAAACAGUCUGCACUGAGGCUAGAUGAGAAUGUUGUAAUCCGCUUGCCACUCAGCCCGGUCAAAGAAGGGGAUGUUGUGACCUUCCAUGUAUCCCUGGCAGAUGACUCUCUUGCAGACCAGUUUGUUUUAAGAAUUAAGACUGCCCCAGGUGUGAAGAUCUUGGACAUCAGAGUCAGCGAUGCGGACCAGUGGGGAGUUCAAGAGGAGACUGAUAGCGCCAGGACCACUGCCACGAUCACCUGCAUGCACAAUGACCCAGACCCAGAAAGCAGAGCAAACAUCACCUCCUAUGAGAUCCUGCAGAUGGACUUUGAGAUCGACAACACCAGCAGCCCGGCGGGGGCCCAGCAGAUCACCUGGCAGGUGGAAUACCCUCGAGAUGAUUCUCUGAGCGAGCUGGUGGUCUCUGAGAUCUUUGUCAGCCGAACGAUGUUUGCUGGAAUUGUUCCUCUUGCCAUGGACACAGAAGUCCUUAACACAGCCAUCCUGACGGGCAAAACGGUGUCAGUUCCAGUCAAGGUUGUUGCAGUGCAGGAGGAUGGGUCGGUCGUCGAUGUUUCAGAGUCCACUGAGUGCAAAUCAGCUGAUGAAGACGUCAUAAAGGUUUCUGACAGAUGUGACUCCAUCUUCGUUAAUGGCAAGGAAAUGAAAAGCAAAGUGGAUACUAUUGUUAACUUCACUUAUGAGCAUUUUACCACCCAGUUAGAAGUGACGGUCUGGGUUCCACGGCUGCCGCUGCAGAUAGAGAUCUCUGACACAGAGCUCAGCCAGAUCAAAGGCUGGAGGAUACCCGUCACCUCCAAUAAGAGGCCUACCCGUGACAGUGAGGAUGAAGAAGAUGAUGAGAAAAAAGGAAGAGGCUGCACUCUUCAGUAUCAGCAUGCUAUGGUGCGAGUCCUCACACAGUUUGUAGCCGAAUCCUCUGAGUUUGGAGGCUACCUGACCUAUAUGCUAGGCUCUGAGUGGCAGUUUGACAUCACUGACCUUGUGACUGAUUUCAUGAAGGUGGAAGAUCCUAGGAUUGCUAAGCUUCAAGAUGGCCGAGUUCUGGUGGGUCGGGAGCAUGGCAUCACCACAGUCCAGGUUCUGUCACCUCUUUCUGAUUCCAUCUUGGCAGAGAAAACAGUGGUAGUUCUAGAUGACCGUGUAACUAUUACAGAUCUAGGAGUACAAUUAGUUUCAGGCUUGUCCCUCUCCUUACAAACCAGCAAAGGAAAUAAGAGAGCUAUUGUAUCCACCACCUCUGCGUAUGACAUCCUUCAUACACCAAAACAGGAAGCCAUAGUCAGUGCUUGGAUUUUGUUCAGUGAUGGGUCAGUGACACCAUUAGAUAUUUAUGACUCCAAGGAUUUCUCAAUCACCAUCACUUCACUGGAUGAGAUGGUAGUAUCUGUACACCAGAAUCUUCAGUCAAAAUGGCCUGGGAUAGUGGCAGAAGGGGAUGGUCAAGGACCUGUAAUUAAAAUUGAAAUGAUCAUCAGUGAACCAUGUCAGAAGACAAAGCGAAAGAGCAUUCUGGCUGUUGGAAAGGGAAGCGUCAAAGUGAAGUUUGGUCAAAAAGAUUCUGAUCAAAAAGAAAGCACCAAUGACAUUGAUGAUACAGAUAAAGAUUUUAAAAGCCAUGCAAGCAAUUCCAUAGAAAAAACUGCAGAACAAGAGAGGACAGCACAAGAAUGGUCCAAAAAUGGAGUCCUUAGUAAUCACGAGGACAAUGCAAACAAAAGCACAACUUUCAUAUCUCCCAUUGAUCAGGAUUCCCUGGAGGAUGACCAGCUCCAAAAUAACCCAACUGCCUUCACAGGUUUUCCUGCCCAAGUAGAAAUACCAGGAGAGAACAAUCCCAGUGAUCUCACAUUGACUUCAAGAGGAUUAACAGAUUUAGAGAUCGGCAUGUAUGCCCUGCUGUGUGUUUUCUGCUUAGCAAUCUUGGUCUUUUUGAUUAACUGUGUGGCAUUUGCUUGGAAAUACAGACAUAAAAGGUUUGCUGUGAGUGAGCAAGGCAACAUCCCCCAUUCCCAUGAUUGGGUCUGGCUUGGAAAUGAGGUUGAACUGCUGGAGAACCCAGUUGACAUUUCACUCCCAUCAGAGGAGUGCACUACCAUGAUUGACAGAGGAAUGCAGUUUGAAGAAAGCAACUUUCUCCUUAAUGGGAGUUCUCAGAAGACUCUUCAUAAUCAUAUCCUCAGAUCUUCUGAGUACCUUUGUGAAAAAGAAGUUAAAAGUGAACCUAUAAAUCCUUCUGGGCCAAAGCAGAAGCGAGUGAAGUUCACUUCCUAUACAACAAUACUGCCGGAGGAUGGAGGCCCCUACACCAACUCAAUUCUAUUUGACAGUGAUGAUAAUAUUAAAUGGGUAUGCCAAGAUAUGAAUCUUGGUGAUUCCAAGGAACUUAGGGACUAUAUGGAAAGACUGCAAGACAAUAUGUAAAACUACUUUCUUAUGUUUGUAAUCACCUUUAUGCCUUCUGUUUAUGGAUGGUGGAGCGGUCAGUCCAGUCAGCAAUAGGAACAAGACAGUUCAACCUUGGAGUUACUGAGAUGAUAAUCUGGCAUCACUGAGCAGGUACAAGAGGCUGGCUGAGUUAAACCUGUUUCACCACAAACCAGGAUGUGCCCCUAAAGCAGCUACCUGUAGGUGUUGAAGGUGUCACACAUGAUGGCUGUUUUUGUAUACUGCCUGGUACUAGCAAAAUGCUAAUACAACUACGCUCAGACUCAGAGGAGACUUCAUUUGUUUGUCAUUUCUCAUGAUAAAUGGUAAAUAAGAAAAGAAAGCGAUCUUUGUUUGAUUGAUUUUUCUAGUCGUCAUUCUUUGUAAAGCACAGUGGACAUUUCUUGCUUACAGCCUGAGACAUGGCUUAUAUUAAAAGGGAUAUGAAUGAAUCUGAUCUUAUUGCCUACGUGCAAUGCAGCCAAGUAGUCUUACUGUUUUUUACACAUAUAAAAAACCCCAUGUGGUUAAUUUCCUUUUGUAUCGUUUAUGAAUUUUAUUUGACUUAGGGAACAUUAUUUCCAUUGAUCUUUUUUUUGUUUCUGUUGUACCAAAGUGAAGUACAGUAAUAUUUAUAACAAUUUAGGUUUUCCAUUCAUCGGCAUCAGCUCCUAGAGAUACCUCCUUCAUCACUGAUUAUCUUCCUUCUUUCCAUGUGAAUAUGUGGGUCAUUAGAAACAUAGAAAGGUGUUAGAACUCUUACUGGGAAAGGGUUUUAUCUUACAGGGAACUGUAAAUACAAUAAUAAACAACCCUGGAAUAUGAAAAUCAAGGAGCAACUCCGGGUUUACUUUUGUCAUUGCUUACAUGAAAAGGUAACCUGCAAACAAACAGCACACACUUCAAAGGAAAACACAGCAGCUUCGUUGACAAUACACUUUAUCAGAAGGAGAAAACCAAAUACGGUACUGAAAUGCAUAGAAUAGGAAGGAGCAAAUAGCAAAGAAGCAAAGGCUUGGAGUCAGUGUUACACAUUACUAAUAAAUUAAUACACUGAUGGUAGAGUUUAGCAGGACGUCAGAUUAUGCUCCAGACACCCACUAAGCCAUCACAGACCAUAAGGCUGCUAAGAAAAAAAAAAAACCACAAAUAAGCUACAUUAAGUCAUUUUUCAUUAAAAAGGGAACAGGAAAGAAAAUGCCCAGUGGGCACAUUAUAAAAUGACUAUUUGCAGUUGUAACAAGGAACAGAUGCUGAAGGUUUAAAGCUGCCCUUGCACAGGUAUUAUGUGUAUAUUUGUGUGGAAGAAUAACUGAAAUGUGUUGAGAAUUACAUUUAGAAAAAAGCUGAAGCUACAUGAUGCUAAAAAAACCAACACACAAUAAAGCACAGGUUCUUCUGAUGGAUAAGGUCCAAACUAUGACAGCCUCACGCACCGUUGCUCCCACAUUUCGAGAUAAAACCUUAAUUCGGUGAUUGUGUUCUGAUAUUAGAACAGACCAGAUAACCUUUACUCUGGCAAAUUAUGCAUUUGGACCCUAUUCCACCACUGGGAACAUGUUUAGUAUAACUACUGCAAAAUACCAGAAUUUAGAUAGUGAGACUACAAAGCAAAAUGAGGACACCAGGCUUAUGAAAGUGAUUAAAGACUUUUGCUUGCUGGCGUUGAACUGCAUAGUCAGGGAAAAGCAUCUGUUAUAAUCCAAUUUUAAGCAGAUAAAGUACCAAACCACCACGAUGCUUCCAUUUGAUAAGGGAUGCAGCGCUUGUACUGAAGUGAAAUCUCAGAAUGUCUAACAAAUGUUUCCCUCCUCUUUAAAUGCUCCAGAUCUCAUGAGGAACCAUUAAUUCCUUCUAUGAUCCUUGUUAAUAAGAACAGGGGAAAAAAAAAUCCCUUUUUAAGAUUUAGCAUCUCUUCCCAACGUGCUCUUAUCUGAGAGCGCCUCGCAGAGAUUAACCUUGUCCCAAUACCCAGCCCGGUCCUCCUCUGUAUAAAUCAAUCACCAAUAAACCUAAACUAGACAUGAGGCAGCGUGGCGAUGGUACUUGAGCAGGACAAACAGCAUUGCUGUUUCCAUGAAUGCAUACCCAGCAGCUUACCAGUGCAACCAGGAUCUUGCAUGCACUGUACUCAGCUCUGUAACCCACUUCAGUGUGGCCACAGUUCUGCCAACUGCAUCAGCAGAUGCUGAAUUCCGGCCCUGGUCACUGUGGCACACUGAAUGGAGAGACCUACAGCUGUGCUCAUUUGCUCUUCUGAAUCUUUACUGCGUGACAGAAAGCAACAGCCACUUCUAAACUGGAAGGAAAAGAAUUUAGAUGAAUAUAGUAGGUAUGAAGCAUAGUCCUGGGUUGAAGUGCAGUACUUUUGAAAUGAAAUAUCUCACGUUUUCCUAUCAAAAUAACAUACUUCGAAUGUGAAUUUAAUUUAAAAUAAUUCAAAACAAGUGAAACCAUUUUCAGAUGCACCUAUUUUUUUUUCCCCCCCAGGGAGUCAAAGCUCUUCUUUAUUUAAAAAAAGAAUGAAAAAGGUCUUUUACUCAAUGGAAUACAUCAUAUUCUGCUGUGAAAUGAACAGCAUUUGUAGAUUAAUAAAAGAGGCUCUGGUUUUGAGAUUAUUGAGCAGAGGAAGUCAGGUGAUUAAAAGCCAUGAUAUGUAAGCAUGCAAGAAACUAGAAUUGUCUAAAAAAGAAAACAAACUAUACAGAUUAAUCAGAAUUGUGCUUCAGUAGGUGCCUAGGGAAGCAACACCUGUAAUCUAUUGCUGAAUAAAGAGAACAUCUUAUUUAUAGCAUAAAGAGAGAAGGCACAGUAGGCGAGUUUCUUUGCCUGAUAGCUAGAAAAGACAAUAUUUGGUAUCAAUGCAUAAGGAAGGAACAAUUCAACAAGCAAAGAGAGGGUUAAUGAAAAAUAGGGAGUUUGUGAACUGUAAAAACAGAGCUGAUGCCAGACCCUCAGCUCUUGUAAAUCAGAGCUGAGGCACUGAUGCCAGCUGAAGAGCUGGCAUUCAGAGAACACAGAAGAGCUAGUGGUUUUCAUCUGUUUGGAACUUACUUCAUUCGAACACACAGCCUAGCUCCAUGUGGCUUGUCUAUGCAUUCUUUCUCAUUUAAUAAGAAUUAAGGAAACGAGUACCCUGCUCUCCUCUUGAUGUAGAACCACACAGAGUAAUGUUUUGAGCUGCUGUUUCUUAAUUCAUACUGGGGAAUGUACAAGAAAAUCCUACAGCCAUAUGACACAGUACAAACAGUCCAUGAUAGAAUGGAAAAAAAAAA